CUUUUCUCCCUGUCGUUCUCCGUUGUGCGCAUGCGCAGUGGGUGUACCUGCCUCCCUAGCAGCCAGGGAGCACAGUGUGAGCUGCAGAGCAAGGUCCUCAUUCAGGAGACAUGGCAGGAAUCAUCAGGAGGAUCAUUACCACCAGCAAGGCUCCAGGUGCCAUAGGACCUUACAGGUAAACACUAAGUAUUGAUUUUACUGUCAGCCAUACAGUCACUGAGUCACACACACAGUUACCUAUAAAGUGCAGAGUACUCAAAGCAAACAUGGUUAGUCUUAACCCCUUAGGGACCAAACUUCUGGAAUAAAAGGGAAUCAUGUCAUGUGUCCUUAAGGGGUUAAAAUCCACCUGGGGGGGAAAGAUUGCAUGCCUGUUAUUUCUUAUAUCCCCCAAUUGCAAUCUCUUGUUCUAUAAGGCUGACAGCAUGAGAAAGCAGGUAGAAAUUUUUUUUUAAUCUUUUUAUGUACCAAGUGUUUUGUUCAAUGAUCCAUUACACAAAAUGUAGCAGAAGGACUUGGGGCACUUAGAGUAGAUAUAACCAUGACACACAAAAAAAGAAAUGUUUUUUGAAGUGUCUUAGCUGUGGUUAACUAGAGAUUUGUUUUAAAAAGAACUGUAGAGAAAAAAAUUCUCUUUAAACUAGUUAACAUUCUAAAAUAAUAUAACAAAAAUAAUAAGUGUAUAGUUCACUUUCUAAGUGGAAACAAAGUAUUUAUUAUAAUGUCUCUUCUGUGAUCAGAUUGAGAUUCAACUUGUUAAUAAUAUUUGUUUCCUGUGGCUAGAGUAGGGCCAGCGCACACUGUACAUUGCUAAUCGUUAUAGAUAUUAAUGAAAUAUUAUUCCUACAGUGUACAGAAAACAUUGCAAAAGGCACCUUUGUUUUUAGUGUAAACAAUUCCCAAAUUGAUAUUAUGUUUUUUUAUUGAUGAUAAUGAACGAAUGGGAAGUUAUCUGGAAUAAACCACACCGGGUGACUCCUUUUUAUGUCAACAAUACCAAAGGUUAAAUCAUAGCCGCUGUUUAAAUCAGACAGCGAGGAUUCCACUGCAGACGUUCUGUACAGAAUCAUGUCUUUUACAUUAAGACGCAUUAUUUACACACCAAAUGCACCUGUUCGGAGUGAUGUCUACAGGUAAGCAUACUGCAACUUUAUUUUAUAGCGCCUGAAAUCAGUGGUAGACGUUAAUUAAUGUUUUAGUUGUGUCACAUGUGAGCUGCUGGAAGAAAAUGUAUCUUAAUGUGAAAAUAUUUAUAUCUAGCCCAUUGUACCUUAUUCAUCCAUCAACACAUCCCAUGCUCUUUUUACUCCUAACUCUGGUUAACCCCAUACCAUCUCUGCCGAUGCCUACAACCUUUUCCUAAAAGGGACAGUUUGGACACAAUAACAACCUCAUCUAAAUGAAGUUGUUAUGGUGCCUGGAGUGCCCCUUUAACUGUUUAACUUUUUUUUACCCUCUCUUCUUCAUAUUUCAUAUUUCUCCUUCUUCCUGAACAUCUCCCAUUCUUUUUUUUAAGUCAUAUUCUUUGUUUUAACCUGCAAUUUUUCCUUUCCCAUCUUCUUGUUAAAUAAAGAGACAGGUGGGAAACGGGUAUCUUCAUAAUGAAAAUAGAACAUUCGGAGAUUGGUUAUGUCCGGCAGGACAAAUUUAGCUUGUGUGUAUAUAUUUACUGUCUAGUGGAUGUGGCAAAAAGCAACAGGUAGUUCAUUCCACAAGCUUGGUAAAUCUACCACAAAUGCCAGCAGUCAGUGUUCGACAGAGAAAUAUGGGUAAUGUUGUCCAGGGACAGGUGGAGAGCCAAUGUGGGACACCUCUGGAAGGGAUAGUCAGCACAUUGAUAUUUUCCAAGUUCUUUCUGUGAACUUAUUCAUUAAACUAGGAAUUGUAGAGGAUUGUCGAGAGAAUUGCACAUUGUAGACCAAAUGCUUGACCUGGAAAAUAGCCUUGUUUAAUAAUUUUUCCAGUUGAGCUGUUUUGGACAAUAAUUUGCAAUUUAAUGUCAGUUCUCCACAACUCAUAGUUUUAAAGUAUAAAACACUAUGUGGCAAAGUUAUUAUUUUAUCGAAUAAUUCUGACAAGUAAGUUUGUUGCGUAUUAAAAAAUGUUUAUAUUAAGAAUUAUGAUUACAAGUAAUGGGAUUUUUUUUUUCUUAACUUCUAGCCAUCUGCAGACAAAAAAAACUACACUUCCUAUUGUAUAGGUGCAACUUAUUUUCUUUAAUUCUGUGAGUGACAGAGUGUUAAGGAAUUCAUCAUUAGUUCAUCAGCAUUUAUAGUGUUAACCCCAGCCUCAAAGCUUUCUGUGUCUAAGAAUAACCAUUAGCUAGUUAAGUUAUAUAGUGUAUCAUAUAAUUAGUUAUCCUUUUGUUUAAAGCAUAAACUGCUGCGCUUACAAAUAGAUGCAAUUCACUUUAAACAUGUCUAUUGAAUACCUUUUACCCUGUACUCUCUAAAUACGUUAAAACAAGAUGCAGGGGGAGUAGCACUCUGUCAUCCAAUGACUGCCAGGCUGUACCUCCCCCCCACCCCAUCCAGCUCCUACAGGUUUUUCUAGUGGGCCUUCGGACAUUAGCAAUUUUUUACAAUAGAACAUUCAUUCUGUUUAUUCACUAAGCACUGAGUAGCAAACUUUACUCUAAAAUAACCAAUCUGGCACUAUAGUUGAGUUGGAGAAUUUAUUUUUUUAUGUUUACAUUUGUUUAAAUUUUGCCAUUUUUUUUUUUUCUGUUCACAGUUUAGUAACAAAUUUCCAUAUAUUUGAGGACAUAAAUUAUAAUUCAGGUGGUUUUCCCUGAUCCUUGAUGUCUAUGAACCCUCUGACUAUCGUUAUAUAAGAUUUUAUAGAAAUUAGAAUUGGACUUUAACCGGCAACAUGUGACAUUUCUCCUAGCUAAACUGCAAUUUUUUUAUCUUCACUAGUUAUACUUUAUACGUUUAUUAAUGGAAAUAUCAUAACGAUGCCAGGCAGUUAGUGAUUACUGGCCAUCUUUAAUUAAACUAGUUUUAAUACUAAUAGACAAAAACUCUGCUGGCCUGUGGUUAGUUUCUGCUCACUUGUCUAACAAGUUUUAGCUGGCUUGUGCCUUUACAAAGGGAACUUAUACCAUCUGUUUAUCAACUGAUCCCACCAGAGGGCAGAGCACUCAUGUCAUUUGGUCUCCUAUAUGUAAAAUUUAAAAAAUGGCAACAAGCUUUUUAGCAUCUUGGCUAAUGGGAUUUGUUAAAUCAGCACUGUCACCAUCUCGGGACUUUACAGAAUUUGCAAAGACCCCCGACUGUGACAGCACCACUGGGGGUCCAGUGGCCUGGGAGGCAGGGUCUUACCUGAACAUGCAUCAUCUUCUGAUGGGUUUUAUUCAGGGGUUGAAGACAGAGCUGUGCGAGAGUACAGCAAUUUAGGCCUGUGGAGCAUCCUGCAAGAUCCUCCAGAGAUAAAGCCAAGUGCCUGCACUGGUGACAGCUACGGGACUGACACUUGUAGACAGCGGUAGCAAUGCCCAGUAUCAAUAAGUAUCCGGUCAGACAUAGUAGUCAGACAUAACAGUCGAUAUGAGUGUUUCAUAUAGAUUCUCUUGUAAUGAAAUACUAAUUUUUUUUGAGGGAAGGUCUGAAGUUGUUAACAGUGCUGCUUUAAGCACUUUCAUUAAACAGAUUUCCUAUUACAUGUCAACUUUGCGAUAUGUGGUUGAAGAUAUUAAUCAUUGUCAUUUCAAUGGGAGAAACUAUCACAUGGAAUUCUGACACAAAUUCACAGGAAACAUAUUGGGGGGAAACUGUUCAAUUUCUCCUCUUCUCAGUAUGCAUUUUUGGUGAAAUGGGCAGGAUAUAUAACUAUGAUUAACAGGGAGCUAAGUUACAGGUGCCCAGUAGUAAGAUAAAGAGGUUGUGACGUCUACAUUUAAUGAAUUUUUUUACAUUUCACCAAUACAUAUUUUAAGAUAGUGGAGAUAAGUAAAAUUCAGUUACACAUAUAUCUUCAAGGUCAUAUUAAGAUAAGAGAACGUCUCAAUGUAUCCUUUCUGAUGAAACAUUUUUAAUAUUACUAUUUAUUAAUACUAGGUCUUAAUAUAUUUUGACAGUCCCUGUCUCAGUGUAACAAAACCAAUGACUUAUAAACAGAAGAUUGACUGGUUAAAGAGAUUGGGGAACCCACUGUAAGUGUAUAACGUGCUGUUUUCAUUUGUUCAGCCAAGCUGUGGUGGUGGAUAAAACCAUGUACGUGUCUGGCCAGAUUGGCAUGGACCCUUUGAGCGGACAAGUUGUGGCUGGAGGAGUUAAGCCUGAAGCAAAGCAGGUAAACAAUAUCUCACUGGUUGAAAUGUGUAAUUAUUCAUACAGAGUAAUGUGGUUUGUUUGUUUUCAAACUGCAUUGCAUAAUUAACAAAAUAUAAUGCAAAUACCAUGUCUUAAUUGUAGUAGCUCUCAGUGCAAUCAAAACCCAAUUCAGCUCUCAUGAGUUAUUCCAUCAUUAUUAUAACUUCCAUGCUUUCUUUAAAUGGUUCUCCAGGUACCACAAUCGCUUCAGUGAUUUGAAGUGGUCAUGGUGUCUGGAGUCUGUAUAUUUCCCUAUGAAAUGCUGCAGAGAUCAACCACUUGGCUAGUGAAGUUGUAACUCCAUCUCUGGCAGAGUCAUUUGGCGUCAUUAACCAUCCCAGAAUAAGAGUUCCGGGCUGGCUUAUAUUAAUUCUUUGCAACAUCAGCCUCUGAUGCCAGUACACACAGCAUGCUGGCGUCAAACAGCCAAUGGUGGCACAGCCCUCCACCUCUGUGCCACCAAUAUUCUUCCCUCAGCUGACAUUCCUCUUUGACCUCCCCCUCUCUCCAGCGAGGAGGAGUGACAUCAGCAGAUAAUUGAUUUGAUAGAAUAUAGACAGGUUUGCUGGUAGAGGUAGUUGGCGUACUACCUGAAUCCAUGCACAUUAAGAUUAAUCAGUCACUCAUUAUUGUCCAACUAAAGCAGAAAGGUAAACAAUAUCUUUAUUGUUUUUAAUAAAGAGCAAUCAAGAAAAAUCUGCAAACUUUAAGUGUAUCUAUUUAUGUUCUGUUUAUUUACACCAGGCUUUGGUGAAUAUGGGAGAAAUUCUAAGAGCAGCGGGAUGCGACUAUUCUAAUGGUGAGUAGGAUGUGCCUGUAGUCGGAAUUUAAACAUGUCUUUAGAUCUCUAUCCGUUACCGACUACAAUUCAAAUUUUUAGAAAUAUAAUUCAACAACAGGUGUAUGAACGUCCUCAGUUUAGAUGAAUGUUCGAAAUUAACAUAUUUUGGUGUGUUGCUUGAAAUGUAUUCAUUUUCCUCUAGGUUUUAUGAAAUUAUAAUAGUCUUUAUUCCCCCCCCCUUUCUUUUCCCAUAAUUUUCACAUCUAUUUCAGUUGUAAAAACCACGGUUCUGUUGGCAGACAUGAACGACUUUAAUGAUGUUAAUGAAAUUUACAAACAAUGUGAGUAUUUGGCUGUUUCUAAUAACAUAAUAUUAAGUUUUAUAGCAGUGUGUUUCGGAGAUUAUCAACACAAAUACCUCCGAAAUGCUGUUUUUAAAGCCUUGUAUCAUUAUUAUAUGCAUCAUUGAAUUUGUUUAGGUGUGACUAUUCACAAACACUUGCCUUGAAAGUGCACCUGAAAGAUUAGAUAGGAAUUAUUCAUUAACCAGUGAAUUGCCAGCCAUGUGCAAAAUAAUUUUCUUCAUUUUUUUUUUUUUAAAUUCCCUUACAUUUUCAUUUUGGUUGUAAGUUCAAUGCUUUUUAUUGACCUCCUCCUUUUUAAAUCUCUAAAUAUCCUUGUUCCGGCCUAAUUUAAUAAUUUUGAGAUUAAGUACAGUUUAGAUGCAAUUUCUCCCUCCCACGGAAAAGUUAAAUGGGGGGGGGGGGGAUCAGUAUUGAUGGAUCUUUGCAUUUUCAGAAUUCCUUGAGGAAUUUUCUCUUAUGAUUACAGUCAGCAAGCAGAGUUCACAUAAAAAUAACAAGCUUUAGUAGUCGCACUUCCACAGUUCGAUGGUCUUACCAAAUUCUAGAGCUACAGAGGCAGCCCCUGUAAAUGUGCUAGCCCUAAUGACAAUGGAUGUAGAGGUUACAUUCUAGGUUUGUAGCUUGUUGUAUCUCUGCUGUCAAAUGGGGGAGCGGGGGGGGGGGUUACAACCUACGCACAAGGGCAGUCCCAUUAACAUCAAUAAGAAACAACUUCCAAGAAGAAAAAGAAGUUAGGAGAGGAUACAAUCCAGAAUGCACAGUCAAAUUAUAAAUGGUAUGUAUUUUACCAUUCAUUACUGCUGUUGGGGCAUGGCAAGAGCACUUGUUAAAUAAUUGCACUACAAAAAUAAAGAAUUAAGAAAAAAAAAAUAAACAAAAUAAAUUAUAAAUGGUAAAGAAAUUAGAAAUAUAUUAUUAUUUAUUGUAAUGUAUUUGAAAGUGGAUUUAAAAAAAAAAAUGUAUUUAUGAUUUUAUGAUGAUUUUACCCCAGACUCUCAAAAGGUUAACAGAAUUAUACUCACAAUAUUAGUUUAGUGUUUGUAAACCUCUUAAAGAAGCGUGUCUGUGUAUAUAGCUGUGAUGAUAUGAGGAUGAGGUUAGAACACCACAAAGUGUACAACUGGAAAAUGAUCACCAUUGAAAUACUUCAGAAUUCUGAAGACCCUCCUGGUUGAAUAAGUAAUAUACUAACUGUACAUAAACAGGAUUUAAAAGCCAUGCCAUGUUAGAAACUAGUUUUGCUGUUUUUGAAGAGCAUGCCAUUUUAUGUAUACGCUGUGCUAGCAGUUUUGAUAGCAGAUGUACAGAUUGGAAGAAAAAAAUAUAAAAAAAUGUUUUUUCUCCCAUCUGUCAAUCAAUUCUUCGGCAUAGACCCUAAGCCAAGGAAUAGAAUGAUAAAGGAGAGCAAAAGAGACCUCCUAUAGAUGGUCCAUCUGCUCUCCAUCCGUAGCAACCGCAAACAUAUUACUGAUUUGCAUCAAAUGUUUAAUUUUUUAUUUUAUUAUUCUUUCUUUUUUCUCCCAGUUUUCCAAAAGAACUUUCCAGCAAGAGCUGCAUAUCAGGUUGCUGCAUUGCCAAGAGUAAGUCCAAAUUUUAUUUGCGACAUGUAACCAAAAUCUAGCCCUUAUAUACACAAGUGAAUGAAGGAAUGGGGUACGUAGUAUUGUUACUUCUCUUCACAACAAGAGGACAUAGUCUUAAAUUAGAGGGGCAAAGGUUUAAAAAUAAUAUCAGGAAGUAUUACUUUAUUGAGAGGGUAGUGGAUGCAUGGAAUAGCCUUCCAGCUGAAGUGGUAGAGGUUAACACAGUAAAGGAGUUUAAGCAUGCGUGGGAUAGGCAUAAGGCUAUCCUAACUAUAAGAUAUGGCCAGGGACUAAUGAAAGUAUUUAGAAAUAUUGGGCAGACUAAAUGGGCCGAAUCUGCCGUCACUUUCGAUGUUUCAGUGGCUUAGCUGGCAAUUUCCACCAACAGCAGCCCCUGUUCCCGAGAAUAGAUGCAGGGGCCGCACAGAAGAGUCCUUAUUUAACACGGGUUGAUUUGUAUGCAGAAACCUCUUUAUAUGGGACAUUGGGAAAACAUGUAGAGGAGGUAUACAGGGCCACCUUUAAUAUUAAUGGGACCUUUGGCAAAUCUUUCUGUGGUCCCUAUGCUUAUGGACUUCCCCAGUUCCCAUGUUUUGCAGUUCACAUCUUGCCCAUAUGUUUUGUACCUCUUUCUAAACCUGUACUCUCCACUCUUUCGUGCCAGUGCUCAUCCUAGAUAGACAGGUAGACUGAUACAAUAGGAAGAUAUGGAAUAAGACAGAGUAGAUAAUGGAUGGAUUGCGAAGGCACUGCAUAUCAGUAAAGAAUAUGUUUAUUAAGCAUAAUAUCCACCAGAAGAGAGAUGUAGAUACUGUACAGUGCUAUAGAAAAGAUAAGGAAGAGCCAAAAUAAAAUCAUUUAUUACAUAAUGAUAGAUAUCAUACUGAAGGCACUUUGGGAGUGUAUAUAGACAGAGGAUGACAUUACAUAUGCAACUAACAGGAUAUAAGGGUAUACACACAGAGUCAGGACAUAUCUGACACCUGUGUCUUUGGCAAUUAAUGGCCGUUUCCUGCAGAGAAAAUAGUAAUGGAAUAAAAAGUAUACUACUACUAAGAGUAAAACGGGGGGGGAGGGCACUUGUGACUUUGACAAUUUAUUUAAAACUAAUAAUUGGCCACGUGUUUGUUCUUGUUGCUCUUUAUUUUUCUUGUUUAAUUGGUGAAAUUAGAACACGGACAGCUCCCACGAUAUUAGUUCUUUCAGUGUAUGUAUCUUCUGUAAGAACAAUGAAAUAUAUCUGUGGGUUAGUUCCAUUUAUUUAUACUUUCUAUAUUAACAUUUUGAAAAUUCUUUCUUUUCUUUUAAGGGUGCGAGAAUAGAGAUUGAAGCUGUUGCCGUUCUUGGGCCUAUAACAGAGAUAUCCUCAGCGUUGUAAGAAAAUACUGCUCAACGCAAUAUCCGUCACACCACUAAACAUGCACAUUUUUUCUUAUUUUUGUUUUCUUUAGCACGUUCUUUUUCGUCCUCUAACCUUUGAAAUUCAUUUAUUGCAUAUAUCGCUAGAGUGCCAAUACCAAUGAUUAGAUAUUCUGAAAUUGAUUUUUGUUCAGGGGGGUCCCCACUACACAAUGUACGCAGCCUUUAAAAGCAACUGGAAACAGAACUUUUGAACUGAUUAUCUGCCUCUGUUGAAGCCUGGUACAAAGGUGAAAUAUCUAAGAAUCCAGUGUCAAAUGCACUCUUCCAAUCUCCUGAAAGAACUGCCCUUCUGCAAAUUAUGUCCUCUCCACAAAAUGUCAGCAGUUCUUGUGGAGGAGGACUAAGUGAGCAUUUAAUAUCUUUUAUUUUCUUUAAUAAUAAAGAUGUUUUAUAUUGCGGAAUAUGUA